ACGAGAAGUUUAAUUUAAUCCAAUGUUUCUUUGAUUGAGGCCUCAUAACUGGGCGGGAGCGGUAACUAGAGUUUAUUUCUCACGAAAUCAUCGAUAAAUCUAUAAUUUGCACAUUAAAUACUUAUUUAGGGCAAGUUCCAAUUACUUUCAAGGGGUUUUCCGUUUUCCUUGUAUUAAUGUGUUGCAGAUUAUUAUAUUUUAGGCGUCUAAAGUGAGACUAUUCUGAGGACAACAGAACAGAGUGCCUCCAAAGUAUGGCCGGAAGAAAUACAUCCUUCGCCGCACAGUGAUUUUUUUUAUGAGGAACGUUACAGCUAUACGAACUACGCCAUGGACACACCAACUCCAACUACUGCUCCUGGAGACUGUCUACAGGGAAUAUUCCAGAAUCUGGACUCUUUGCCCGGGAUAGACUCAGACUUUGAUGAGAGUUUGGCCGUACCGGAAUCACUGUCAAUAAUUGAAGUGGAUAAAAAUGGGACAAGGGAGGAAGUAGAUACUGCUGCAAAGUUUGUGCCAUACAGGGCCAUCCACGCUCCACCAGUCAAGUUCAACUCGGUUCACAGAAAAGUGUUCAUACCGGGCGUUGAAAUAAAGGUCAGAUUCGUGGAGAACGAGAGAAGUGUGACCACACAUUUGCUGAACCCUAAUCUUUACACCAUACAGUUACAACACGGUGACUACACUUGGACGAUCAAGAAGCGAUACAAGCACAUCCUAUAUCUCCACCAGCAGCUCUCACUAUACAGGACCUCCCUAAAUAUACCCUUCCCCACCAAAACGCACAAAGUCAGAAGGGCCAGCUUUAAAAAUACUCUCGAUACAGAAGAAAAGGCCGAAAGACAGGCCCUUGAGGCACUCCCGAGAAGCAAUUCUAGGAAAAAAGAAGCGAAACCGAGGAAAAGAAAGGGCGCUUUGCCGAGAUUUCCGUCUAAGCCGGAAGUGAUGGUGACGUAUGAAGGUAUACAACUGCGGAUGAAACAACUGGAAGAAUAUCUGUUCAACCUACUUAACAUAUCGAUCUACAGAAAUCACCAUGAAACGGUAAAAUUUCUGGAAGUUUCCCACCUGUCGUUCAUAUCGGAGCUCGGCAGUAAGGGCAAAGAGGGACUCAUACAGAAGCGGACAGGUUCCACUCAGCCCGGACAGGCCGGGUGCAACUGCUUCGGGCUAUUGGGCACCAUGGUGUGUGUCAGAUGCAACUACUUCUGCACGGGGCUGGUGUGCGCGAAGUGGCAGGACCGGUGGUUCUUCGUCAAAGACACGUUCUUCGGCUACAUCCGACCCAGCGACGGCACCGUCAAGGCUAUCAUGCUGUUCGACCAGGGGUUCGAAGUGUCAAGUGGCAUGUACUCGACGGGCCUCAACAACGGUCUCCAAAUAUUGAACCAAAGCAGACAGAUGGUGAUCAAAUGCUGGACCAAAAGAAAGAGCAAAGAGUGGAUGGCCUAUCUGAAAACUGUGGCCAAUCAGUCAGCGCGCGACUUCACAUACCCCAACGUGCAUCACUCGUUCGCGCCGCCGCGCGCCGCGACCGCCGUGUGCAUGUUCGUCGACGGACGCGACUACCUCUCUGCUGUGGCGGACGCGAUUGAGAUGGCGAGAGACGAGGUAUUCAUAGCGGACUGGUGGCUCAGCCCCGAGAUAUACCUCAAGCGGCCGGCGCUGAGCGGCGACUAUUGGCGGUUGGAUACGCUGUUGAAGAGGAAAGCGGCUCAAGGUGUGAAAAUCUUCGUCAUGCUAUACAAAGAGGUGGAAAUGGCGCUCGGUAUCAACAGCUUCUAUAGCAAGAGCCGGCUCGCUUCUGACAAUAUCAAGGUUUUUCGGCACCCAGACCACGCGAAGGUGGGCGUGUUGUUCUGGGCGCACCACGAAAAGAUAGUCGUCGUCGACCAGAGCGCGGCCUUCGUGGGCGGUAUCGACCUGUGCUACGGCCGCUGGGACGACCACAAGCAUAGGCUAACAGACCUAGGCAACGUCGCCCAGCCGAAGACCACAAUCAAGAUGCGCAAGAAGACCUCAUCAUCACCAGGCGGCGGCAUGUACACGCCACAGAACAACUCCAUAGAAGCCAUCAUUGAGCUCGCGGAGGCCAGCAAGGACAUCGUUAUUGGGAUCAACGAGCCGAUAAUAGAGGAAUCGUCAGACAACACGAUAGUGAUAGAAGACGAACCGAAACCGGAUAUGCCGGUGUUACAGCCAGGAGAUAGGCUACUCAUAGCGAGCCCAAGCGACGCCGAAAACGAGGUCCAAAAGCGAAACGUCAUAGACAAAAUAACGGAUAGAGGGAAGGAAAUUAUGAGUAUAAUCUACCCCCCGUAUGAAGAAGAAAUCAAUGAACAAAAGUUCGAUGACUCCGAAAGGAAGAAAGCGGAGAAAUAUGCCAGGUCCAAUGAUGUUCUGCUCAUAUCUGAUGCGUUGGGAAUCAAACCCCCUACGGCCACUACUCCUACCCCAUUGGCUCAGGUGGUAGAAGGGAGGGUCAUCACAGAAACCACGAAGAAGAAGUUGGAAGAUAUAGAGGGAAAUUCGAAGCUGUGGAUAGGAAAGGACUACGUCAAUUUCAUAGUGAAGGACUUCAAUAGUUUAGAAUUGCCGUUCGUUGACCUAAUAGACCGUCACACGACGCCGCGUAUGCCGUGGCACGACGUCGGCGCGCUAGUAACGGGCGCGGCGGCGCGCGACGUCGCGAGACACUUCGUGCAGCGCUGGAACGCUAUUAAGUUGGAGAAAGCCAGACAAAACCCAAACUACCCGUACCUUCUACCAAAGACGUACACCGACAUACGAAUGAUGCCAGACUUCGAACAGAUUCUCAACAUUCAGACAAAUAAAGUUUCCUGCCAGGUGCUCCGAAGCGUGUCGAGCUGGUCUUGCGGGUUCCUGGACCCGGAAACGGUGGAGCAGAGCAUACACGAGGCGUACGUGGACACAAUCACGCGGGCACAGCACUACGUAUACAUCGAGAACCAGUUCUUCAUCACGCUGUCCAGAACCAACCCCACUGUUAGGAACCAGAUAGGCGAGGCGUUAUUCAACCGCAUAACGCGCGCGCACCGCUCGGGCGACGUGUUCCGAGUGUUCGUGGUGAUGCCGCUGCUGCCAGGCUUCGAGGGGGAGGUGGGUGGGCCCUCCGGCACCUCCCUCCACGCCGUCACGCACUGGAAUUACCAGAGCAUCUGCAGGAGUCGCGAGGCGAUACUGAGCCGGCUGUACGACGCGGGCGUGACGCAGCCGGAGCGCUACAUCACGUUCCACGGCCUGCGCACGCACGGCCUGCUAGACGAACCCGUCACCGAGCUCGUCUACGUGCACUCCAAGUUGCUGAUAGCUGACGACAGGACACUCAUCUGCGGCUCCGCCAACAUCAACGACCGCUCCAUGAUCGGCAAACGAGACUCGGAGAUCGCUGUACUGCUGCAGGACGAGGAAUUCGACGAGGGCAUAAUGAACGGGAAGCCGUUCCCGUGUGGGCGCGUCGCGGGGGGGCUGCGCAAGAAACUGUUCCGGGAGCACCUGGGGCUGGACGCUGACAUCCCGGACCCAGUAGCUGACGCAUUCUACGAGGGCGUGUGGCGCGCCACGUCCAGGACCAACACGGAUAUGUAUGAUGAUGUGUUUCACCCCAUACCGAACAACACAGUCCAUACCUUCGCGGAGCUGAAGAAGUAUCAGGAGGAGCAUCAGGAGACGCUGUGGCAUUCGGAGCCGGCGCUCGCCAACCGCAAGAUAGACCAAAUACGGGGAUACCUGGUGGAUAUGCCCCUGGACUUCCUUUGUAACGAGGUGUUGACUCCUCGGAAUACUUCCAUGGAGGGCAUGAUGCCGACUGCGCUUUGGACUUGAGCGUCUAGUGUUAGUAGCCCUUAGUACCUAGACCAAGGGUUCCCAAACUUUUACUUGGUUACUGGCUACUGCCCACUGAGAACAAAUUAUGUUUUAGCGCCCCCAUUGUUUCAAAUUAAAUUGCA